GUUUAGGAAUAAUGUUAAGUAUGUCUCAAUUGCUCAUAAUUCCUGCUUUGUUGCUUUUAAGAUUUUUAAUAAGUCUCACAGUGUCAAGUUUCCCUGUUCGUGGUGUUAGUUGGUCACAAGAAGCUACAAAAUGGCAUCAUCCGUUGUCGAGGUUACAAGACCAUGAGCUCCGAGGACUGGCAACAUUUUCAGAUUACAAUGAUUUCAAUCACACUUUGGACAACAUCUUAAUACCCAGAGUCCCGGGAACGGAAGGACACGAAAGAGUUCGAAAGUACAUUACGACGUCCAUGAAAGCUCUGGAUUGGACUGUGGAAGAGGAUUCUUUCACGGACCGCACCCCCUACGGGAAGAAGCCUUUCAGCAACAUCGUCGCCACUCUCAAUCCCCACGCUUGCCGAUUCCUGACAGUCGCCUGCCACUAUGACUCCCUGCACAAUCGGGAGUUCACUUUCCUGGGUGCCAUCGAUUCUGCCGUCCCUUGCGCCAUGAUGAUCAACAUGGCCAGAGUGCUGGACACUGCUCUUAAAGAGCAAAAGAACAAAAACAAUGAACUGAGCUUGCAGUUUAUCUUCUUCGACGGAGAGGAGGCUUUCAAGAGGUGGGGUCCCAACGAUUCCCUCUACGGUUCCAGACACCUUGCCGCCAAGUGGGACAGGAUGAAACCCUUUCCCAGUGGCCUGAGUGACGGACGUCACUGUACUUCCAGGGAGUAUGCAUCGUACUUGGACAGAAUGGAUGUGAUGAUGCUGUUGGAUUUGAUCGGAACUGCCAAUCCAAAGUUUUACAGCUAUUUCCCAGACACAUUCGGGCUCUAUUCUCAUUUGGUAGAUGUGGAACAACGUCUGAACAGCUUGAAACUUGUGGAAGCUGCCCCACCGGAAAGUAUGACAUAUUACUUUGACAGAAGGUCCACGUUAGCAUUUGUAGAAGAUGAUCACGUUCCAUUUAUGAAAAGAGGUGUUCCGAUCCUUCAUCUGAUUCCGACCCCUUUCCCGCACGUGUGGCACAGAGAAAGUGACAAUCGGCAGAGCCUGCACCAACCCACCAUCGACAAUCUGAACAAAAUUUUGCGUGUUUUCGUCGCUCAGUAUCUGCAUCUGGACAACCCUAACCUCGACAUCAUGAAAUGAAACAUUUUUAUUGUUGCUUUCAAUCAAAACAGAUCUUGUUAAAAAUUUUUAAAUAAUCUUGGUGUGUCUGGGGUACAAACUUGAUUGAAACAUUUAAUAUUUUACCGAGAAAACUAUAUUUUUUGUUGAUUAAAUUUUUAAAAAUGUGUACUACUUUUAUGUAUGAAAGUCUUCCAAAAUUUAAACUCAUAGGAUAUGAUUGUAUAGAAUGUAAUUUAGGUUUUUUUUACAAUUGUUAUGUUUGAAUAAUUUUUAUAAUACUCGAACAAUUUUGAACGUAUCAAAGUCUACAUGUAUGACUCUUAUCGAUUUCAAGUAGUGAGUGUAUGUGAUAAAAAGGUAUUUAAAGGAAUAGAAUUAUCUUGAAAAAGGUGGUCUAAGAUUGCAUUCAUGGUAGAUGUAGUUGGAUGGAUUAUAGUUUUAAACUUAUCAUGAUUGCUGAAAUAUGGAAUUCAUAUUGAGCUGGCAAAAUUAGGUAUUGCAUUCUUCAAUGUCCAUAAAGUCUUAAAUUCUUUGUGCUAAAAUCUAGAAAAAGAAUUUUAUGUUAAUUUUGAUUUAUUCAACAUUUUAAAUAUAUUUGUAUAAAAAUAGGCGCCAUCUCAAGUUUCAACAUUACCGUAAAAUACUUGAUGUGCUAAUCAAAAGGCAAAAUGGUCAAUUCAUGACCAAAUAUUUUUUUUUCUAAAGAAAACACUAGUGGUGCCAACUUUUUAUUGUUAAAAAUUGCAUUUUUUAAAAACUUUUGAAAUUUCUAUGCUUUGUUGAAAAAAAAAAAAAAAAAACUUUUGUGCUUUUAUGAUAUCUAUUUUUUUAAAAAUGAAGUAUAAUUGAAGGAAAAUUAUUCUAAAGUUUUCAAAAUUUAUUUAUUUUGUACUUUCUUUACAAUAACGAUUGCUGAAAGAUAUUAAAUUGUAUUCUAGAAAGAUAUUAAAUUGUAAUGUAAAAAUAAAAUAAGUUCCAUGUUAAUGUCGAAAUGAGGUAUAAAAAAAUAAGCAGAUUUACAGACUACUUAUAAUAUUUGGCCAUUAUAUUUGACCAAUAAACUUAUCCACUAAAAAUAAAUUAAUGUAUAAUUUUUAAUAUAAAACUUCACUUAUAUUAAUUUAUUUUUUGUUUGAAUGUCAAAAUUCAAACAAUUAUGAAAUGACGUUUAAUAUUGCAAAUUGUACUUCUGCAAAAAUUAACAUAGGUAUUAAAAUUAAAGUUGUAAAUAUAUAUACAUUUUUUUGCUUAAUUUAUAUGGUACUUUAAUUAAAGUUGUUAAAUAUCACCAUGAAAAUAUUUUAAACUGUGGGAUUGAAAAUUUGAAAUGAACUGAUGAAGACUGUUAAUUCUUCAACUCUAAAUAUCGUUGCUGAAUUACAAAUAAGUUACUAAAUUUCUCUGAAUGCGAUUUCGAUAUAAAUUUUAUAAUCUUUUGGUGAACAUUCUUAUGCACAUUAGCAUUUACAUGCAUCGACACUGUUGAAGAUCACUGCACAAAUAUUGUGUACAAAAUAAUUUUGCAUACUUAAUUUUUGUUUUACUUCUGUUUUUGAAGUUUUCCAGGUUUGUAUAUCUUACCUACGAAAAAUGCAGGACAUUUUUUAAAAGUUGGUCUUUUAGAAGAGUAUAUAUUUCUAUGUUGUUUUACUUGAAAAAGCAUUCCAUAUAAAUGUGAUGUUUCAUUGUAUUCGGGUGAUAAAUUUAUGUCUGUACAAAUAAAUAUUUUUAAUUGAC